AGCAGCAACAACAACAGCCUUUGGGGCUUCCGUUGCCCCAGGGGGGUUUCGCACCGAUUGGCGAGCUGCCGCCAAUUGGGUUGCAGGGGGCUGCACCAACGGCGGGGGUUAUGGCACAUGGCGGCGCAGCGUGGAGUGGGAUGCAGCAGCAGCAACAACAGCCUUUGGGGCUUCCGUUGCCCCAGGGGGGUUUCGCACCGAUUGGCGAGCUGCCGCCAAUUGGGUUGCAGGGGGCUGCACCAACGGCGGGGGUUAUGGCACAUGGCGGCGCAGCGUGGAGUGGGAUGCAGCAGCAGCAACAACAGCCUUUGGGGCUUCCGUUGCCCCAGGGGGGUUUCGCACCGAUUGGCGAGCUGCCGCCGAUUGGGUUGCAGGGGGCUGCACCAACGGCGGGGGUUAUGGCACUUGGCGGCGCAGCGUGGAGUGGGAUGCAGCAGCAGCAACAACAGCCUUUGGGGCUUCCGUUGCCCCAGGGGGGUUUCGCACCGAUUGGCGAGUUGCCGCCGAUUGGGUUGCAGGGGGCUGCACCAAUGGCACAUGGCAGCGCAGCGUGGAGUGGGAUGCAGCAGCAGCAACAACAGCCUUUGGGGCUUCAGUUGCCCCAGGGGGGGCUUGCCCCGGUUAGCGGAUUGGGGUCGAUGGAAGGGCUCGGGUCUGUGGGGCUUGGCAUGAAUGUCCUACCACUCUAUUAGCCUAAUGACUGCGCGCGGGGCUUUGUCGGGUGUUGAUGAGGUUAUCUGUGUUGUCGUUCGGGUCCCUGCCUGUCCGUUAUCGGUGUUCAUUGCGUGCGCAGCGCACAUGGAACGAUUGCCGUAGUGUAAGGGGUGGCACCCUACAGCUUUAACCCCAUUCGUAUAUGCAGUGGUUACGUUGGGAUAGAUAUGGACGGCGACCGUGUGGGUUUAGUUUGCAGGAUGAGC